AUGUCUCACAGACCUCUGGACAUGCUCAAGAAGGAGCAUCGCGCAGCAGACCGCGCUCCUCACCUUCGCACUCGCAAGAAUGGUCCCAUGACCGACACCAUUGACGGGCUCGACACCAUAGGUGGUGUCUACCACCAUGGCGGCCCGUAUGACGCCACUUUGGCGUCGCGCAACCGCAACAAGCAGUACGCCCCAGUUGAGGCCGUCAAGGAAUCAAACGAGGAGGCUUUGAGAGCAACUCCCCGUGAAUAUAUCCAAGAUUCCCUUACCAAGCAUGUUCCUCUUCAAGGAACCGGCACCGUCCCCGUCGGCAGCAGCGACAUGCGCGGCAACGUUAUGAACUAUGAGGAGGGAGCGGACCUCAUGCGCGAGCCUGACGCGCAGGGCGGUGCUUACAAACGAUGGGAUGGAAUCCCGUACCACCCUGAUGAUCUCAAAGGAAAGGGCGAGCCUUCGUACACCUACGAAAGAGAUCUUAAGGAGAAGAAGCGCAUGCGCAAGGCGUCCCUCGGCAACGGCCCUGUUGAGUAUGAGAUGCAUCCCGGUGCCAACAGCCAGUCACGAAAGAAUCUCGGUGCCACGGUUCGUCAGCGUAGCGUGAGCAAUGUCGCCGACGGGAGGCCCGGCCCAUCAGAGACGCCCGCCGGACAGUCGAACAGCGCAGAUGUGCGCCGUCACAACAGCACUGGCAAGCGUCUUAGUGACGGUCUGAAGCGCCGCUUCGGAAGUAUUCGUCGAAAACAUCAAGCUGCAGCCUAG